AUUGCCUGUAUUACUAAUAAAGUUCGUAGCGAAAUUUUCGCUAAAUAUUUAGUUAUUAAAUAUACUAAUUUUAAUACUAUAGCUUCUUUCCUUACUUAUUAUACUUUAUUCUGUAAGUAUAUUAAAAAUACUAAAUUCAAGAUUAAUGAGGAUUUUGAGGUUACCUUUCUUUAUAAUACUAUAAAGAUUACCUAUCCUAUUGAUGCUAGAUAUUGGGUAGCCGCUUUAGAAGCUAAUAAGUUGGAUAUCGGUUCUUUCUUAGCCAAACUCGGUAAUAUUAGUAAU